AUGCAAAGGCAUCAAUCAACAAGCUGGUCUAAUAACCAUUAUAGAUGUAGUUGUUGUUUUCCAGGUCCCUAUUCCUCAGAACACGUUUGUCCUAUAUUACCAAUACCCGAACCUACUUACAAUUCUGACUUAUAUUCUUCAAAUCGCAUUCCAAAUUCACAAAAUAUUUCUCAGUAUCACCAAAAUGAACCGACUUAUUAUCGUAACAGACACAACAGUGACAACUCGAAUUCUAGUCAGAAUACCUAUUAUCGUUAUAGACAUAGUAACGACAACUCAAAUUCAAGCUUGAGUCAGAAUAUGAAUACUUAUACUCAUCAACAACAUCCUCAACAUCCUCCGACCAGUUUCACAUCACAAUUUUAUAAUCAAUCAUCAGAUCUAAUAUUAAAUCGUUUAUCAUGUUUAUUUAUGAUAAAUGCAUUAAGUUCAUUGUUAUCUCGAGCAGGAUCUCGAAUUCGUCAACACAAUUCCUCACGUAGCCCAUCACCUCAGAAUGCGAAUCUCGAAGAAUUUACUGUGGUAAUCCCAGUAAUUGAUCAUAAAGUUAAGAAGAAUUUAAAUGAUUCUCCGAUGAAGAAUCCACCUUUUUGGAGAAGAUUGACCUGGUCCUUCUUAACAAUUUUAAAUGUUUAUACAUUUAUUGGGAGUGUUUUUUUAAUGGUUAUUUUGUCCAUAAAUGGGAAUAUCACAAAGACGUUUUCAAGGUUAAAUUAUUUUAUUAUAAUCAUAGGAACCUUAGAAUUUGCUCCACGUAUGAUGAAUAUUUAUCAAAUCCAUCUUUACACCAAUGGAAAAAUUAACUUUUGUGAAGCUUUGGCUAUUAUGUUUGGCAAAAAAGAACUAUAUUUACUCUAUGGUAAACAUCAUAUAUCUUAUAGACAGAUCUCAAGUCGCUUUUCAAGAAAGCAUACCACUAAAAUUUAUGAUG